AUGGGUCAUCAUCAUCAUCACCAUCACCAUCACCACCAUCAUACGCCUCGCCCUGCUGCAGCCAACCCGCCUGCGGUGACGCCGAUGCGAGAACCCAGGACUGUGGUCACUAUUGAACCCGUUCUGUCGAGCGUGGCUCAUCUCCCGCGACAUCAUCUCGGGUCAACCUUAUACGCUCCCCGUCUUGGGGUCCCUACAGAGAAGGCUACCUUGGAGAGUGCCAAGUUUGGCUACACAACGACCCCGCUUCCCCUCCCUCGCUUUGAAGGCAAGGAAAAUUGCACCUUUACCAUCCGAGUCCCGCGUUUCCGCAUUGACUCCAGUCAUCGCGAGGAGAUCUGCGCUCGGCGUGCGCUCUGGGGUACCGGCAUCUACACCGACGAUUCGGAUCCUGUUGCGGCAGCCAUUCAUUCGGGAUUCAUGCGCGGAGCGUGGGGUGAGGAUGUCGAUACUGACAUGCUUGACUUGGAAAUCAAGGAUGCCUAUCAACAUGCGCCUAAGACGGCCCAAGAUGUCGGGCUGCCAGACGGCGAUCGACCUCGCGUUCCGCCGGUUCCUCCGUCGGACAAGGACCUACAUAUCAUACUUCUCAUCCUGCCCCGGCUGGAACGGUAUGAUUCGAGUGUGCUUUUUGGCCUCAAGUCGCGUCCCUGGGACGGAACGCAUGAUGGGAUGAGCUUUAAAGUGCUACGGACUGAGUGGGUCGACGAGGGCGUUGGUCGAGGCGAGGAGCGUGGUGGAGAAGCACGACGAAAACGGCUCCGCAACAUGAUGCAGACCGGUCGGAUCUGCACAGGUCCUGGCGUGUUAAAAUUGGAGCACCUCCGCAACGGCAUUCAGAUCACACGACAGAAGACGAAGGUCAUGGAGAGUCAAGAACCCCAGCCGGCUGCACCGGUCCAGACGGUAUCAUGA